GGGUGGCACUACAGGGACAGGGACUGGACUUCUCUGACUCAUCAGGACUCCUGCUCUGGUCUGACUCCGGCCUCCUGGUCCAGCUCCCACAGGGGGCGGAGUCAGGCUGAGACAGUAGGUGGAGUCAGGUGCAGGAUAAAAGCCCCUGUCAGGCUGCUGCAUGUUUAUUAUGACAGCUUCAGGUCCAGACUACAGCCAGACUCAGACUCAGACUCAGACUCAGACUCAGACUCAGUCUCAGACUCAGACUCAUUUUCAUCCCUGUUUUUAAACCUGCGAGUUUUCAGCAUGUGGACUGCACCAAGGCUGCAGGAGGAUUUCCCCAACAGCACUGUGAAAAACACCACCGGAGCUCAGGACUGGACCGAGGUGUAUGACGCAGUCAGGUGGAUCCAGCUGGUCAUGGCUCUGCUCAGCGUUCUGGGUUCAGGUUCCAUCAUCGUCUGUGUGAUGCUGCAGAGACUCAGCCGGACGCCGGAGCUGCAGCCUCUGUUCCUGCUCAGUGUGUCCGACCUGCUGCUCGCGCUCUGCUGGUUGUUUGGAGCCGUUCUGUUUUCUAAACACUGCAACAGACUGAACACACACUGUUACAACCUGCACACUGUGGAACAGAUUCUGUACAUGGCCUCUUUCUUCUACACACUCAACUACGUGUGGAACCUCUACACAGGAAUCAGAGAGAAGUUCUACAGCUGCUUUGAUGGGUACCCCGUACAGUUUUCCAACAGGGUGAGCACGGCUGGUAAGAGCACGGCUCUGCUCUCAGGCCUGGUUCCUCUGCUGCUGAUGACGCCUGUGUUCAUACAAGGAAACAUCAGCCACUGCCAAGCCAACUUCAGUGAGCCCUACAGGUGUCUGCUAAUGGACACGGGGGCACUGUACCUGAUCUCAGAGCACGAGCAGCCAAUCAGAGCCUGCCGCCUGCUGCACACCUACGGCAUCAGCGUCUUCCUCUCCUCCUUCCUCUUCACUCUCCUCGGCAUCACAGUGUUCGUGGUAAAAGCCUGUCGCAUUUACAGGCGGGUCGUCACGUCAAACGGUUACCUAGGCAACCAGCAGCGGACUUCGUUCCGUGUGAUGGACCGGCGGAUGCUCCUGUACCCGCUGGUCUUCGUCCUCUGCUGGGGCCCAGCUGUUAGUCUGGCGUUUCUACGGUUGGUGAAGCCCUCAGCGUGUCAGGGGGAGGCCGGGGUCGUCCUCUACAUAUCACAGGCGUCCACCUCGGCCUCUCAGGGUUUCCUCAACUGUCUGGUUUAUGGAUGGACGCGCGCACGUCUCCGCCAGGCCGGCAGGACGGUUAUAUCUCGAGACGUGGACACUCAGACGCCUCUGCUGCGAUCACAGAAGAGAAGCUACCAAACUCUCCCCAACAUCAGCUGAAGGACGAGAGACGGAACGGACUGAGACUGAGACUGAGUGGGUGUUUUUCAUCAUCUGCAGCGAAGACUGGAGAGGAAAGUCUGAACUUUCACUUUCACUGAGAGGGAAAACCCCGUGAUGGUUCCUCUGCAGAGGACAAAGACUUCCACCUCUGAUCCUGGACCACUGAGGCGAGAAAAAGGGAAGAAGAAGAAGGAGGGGGAGUUUACACCAAGAGGAAGAACCAGAAAGAAAACAGGAUUUGAAAGAGACUCGACUUUUACUCAGCACUGACGAACCUCACAGGUGGUUUGUGUUAUUGUUUUAAUCCAGGUCAUGUGACCCCUGGUGGUCCGUCUCUGUACAGUGGAAUGUUUGUGAUGGAUGAAAGUUUUUAUCAGCUUUCACGUCCUCAGUGAACAGAGGAAGAGACUUUAAUGAGUUUUAGUCUGUAAGUAGAAACUCAGUUCAUCUUCUCCUGUAAAGAUUUCACCGGUUGAGUGAGUGACGCUCGGCUCUGAAGCAUCCUGACGCUUUCUAACGACUGGCUGACAUUUGUUUCCAUCCUGAAACGUGUUUUUAAUCAGAUUCAGUUCUUCUUCCCAGAGGCCGGAGCGGGACGUUUCACAGGGAACAUUCCUCAGCGUUGUGUUGUCUCUUUGUCUCGCUGAUGUCCAUCCGUGCGGAUGAUGGACUCGUUUUCAUUCUGCAUUUUGAGCAAAUUAGAGUUCAAACGUCUGCGAUUAUAAAAAUGUUUUUGCGUGUAUGACGGAAGGUCAGAGGUCACAGUGAACCUGUCAGACGUCAGAGUCUGCAGGUGAUGAGUGAGUGAUGCCACUGAUGAAGCUCUGACCUGCGUCGUCCUGCGUAGCUGCUGACCAACCGUGCAGAAAGUCUGAGGCCGCCGCACCACAUGACCAUCGCUUCAUUCACAGAGGUGCCGCCUGACGCAGGAGCCUGGCCUCACUCAUUAUCUGAUGGGAGGGGGGCUCCCCCUCGGCCAAUCCCUGCGGUGGGAGUUUGCAGAACAAUGAGCUUCCUCUUCAGUCAGACCUCAGCUUCUCUGAAACACUGAACACUGAACUUCUUCCUUUGUCUCUAUAUAAAAACACAACUCACCUGUGUAGACGCUGAAGGGAAGUAAAUGUUCUCCAAACAUUUCCAAAUGUCUGAGGCCUCGUUCACGUUCACACGAAGAGAGAGAGCCAGAAGACUUGUCCUGUUCCUGCAUGUUGGUUCACUGUUCGUCCAUCAGAGUCAGAUAUAAACUGACCUGAGUUCAUGUGUUUUAGAUGUUUUCAGAAAGAUGAUGGAUCUUUGUGUUUUCUGGGUUGAACAUUAUGAGGCUUUGUUUUGUCUGUUGUCAAGAAAAAAUAAAUUAACCAUCGUUGUAAUAAAUGAAGACGGAAAUGA